CUGCAGUAGAAUCAGCAGUUCUAUCGGAGAAGCUAUAGGACAACAUGAAACUAGCAUUGCUCGGUUCCCUCAUCGGGAUUCUGACCACUUUCAGUCACAAGGCUCAAGGAAGCAGUGCCACAAGAGAUGGGACAGAGAAGGUUGUAAUGUGCUAUUUCGAGGGUUGGGCAACAUAUCGUAACGGAGAUGGACAAUUUGAUGUUGAAGAUCUUGAUCCAUUUCUGUGCACACAUCUCAUGUUUGGGUUUGCAGGCUUACAUCCUACCAAGCACACUAUUAUGUCUCUAGAUCCUUGGAACGAUCUGUAUGAUAAUUGGGGGAAAGGAGCUUUUGAUAGGUUUAAUCGGUUGAAACUUUAUAAUCCCGGUCUAAAAACUAUUCUUGCUAUUGGAGGAUGGAAUGAAGGUUCUGAGAAUUAUUCGGACAUGGCGCUAACUCAGGAGGGCAGAACUACAUUUAUAUCUAGCUGUCUUGAUAUGAUUCUUAGGCACGGAUUUGAUGGUUUGGAUAUGGACUGGGAGUAUCCAGGGGGUAGAGCUGAUAGUUUAGGAAGACCAGAGGACAAGCAGAAUUUUAUAAGCCUACUCAGAGAGAUGAGAGAAAGGUUUGACGAACAUGGACUCAUCAUAACAGCAGCAGUUUCAGCUGGAUAUAGUACAAUAGAUCAGGCCUAUGAUAUCCCUGCAAUGUCCGAACUAUUGGAUUAUAUAAACCUAAUGAGUUAUGAUUACCAUGGUUGGUGGGAGGGACAUGCAUUUACAGGACACAAUUCUCCUCUUUAUGGAAGUCCUGCAGAGGAGGUCGAAGAAUCUCCAGGAUACAGGAUGAACACAAACUACUCUGUAAACUACUUUCUGGAGAACGGAGCUAAAAGGUCCCAGCUUCUGGUCGGUAUGACAGCGUAUGGACGAGGUUUCACAUUAAAAAAUAAGGAUGAUAAUGGAGUGUAUGCUGAGGCUAUUGCUGGAUCCCCUGCAGGUCCUUAUACUCAAACUGAUGGAUAUCUAGGCUAUCAUGAAAUAUGUGAAAGGAUCUUGAGUUCUGGAGAUUGGAAUAUAGUUCGGGAUGAGUAUGCUAUUACUCCGUACGCAGUUAAGGACAAUGUGUGGAUCAGCUACGACGAUGAGGAGAGUGUGAGGAUAAAAUCCCAAUAUGUUCUAUCUGAGGACCUGGGUGGCGCAAUGUUCUGGGCUGUUGACACAGAUGAUUUCAAGGGAAAAUGUGGAUCAAAAUUUACCUUGAUCUCUGCAGUAGCUGAGGAACUAAAUGGGGGACCUAUGACUCCUCCUCCAGAUUGGACCACACCUGAUCCAGACUACUCUCCAUCUACCCCUGAACCAGUUACACCUCCUCCUUCAGAGUUUUGUGAUUCUCCUGGAGCUAAACCCAGUCCUUCCAACUGCCAUGAGUACUAUACCUGUAAUAUUGGAUCCAAUGGGUGGGUUAUUCGUCCUCAAACCUGUGGAGAUCUAGCUUUCAAUCCAGCAACUGGAAACUGUGAUUGGCCUUAUAACGUUCCAGGCUGUGAUGAAGGGACAACAAUGGAAGGAGGAAUUACAGGAACACCUGGAGAAUGUAAGCCAGGAGAUCCAUUACUUCCAGUUCCUGAGGAUUGUCAAGCAUACAUGGAAUGCAAACCAAUGGAUGAUGGUUCCUUCCAUUAUGCUGAACAUCGUUGCACUGAUGGUCUUGCCUUCAAUCCAACUAUUCAGGGCUGUGAUUGGCCAGAAAAUGUUGACGGCUGUACAACCCAGUGAUGUAGUUCUUUAUAUUUCAACUUUUGUGUUUUAUCAGCAAAAUAUGUUUUAUAUUGAAAAAAAUAAAGGAAUUACAUUGUACAAUUGAAUGUAUCUAAUUCUUAAUACAUAAAACAAAGAAUAUACUUUGUAUAAAUC